UUCGGUUUGGCUGUGACAAUGAAUGACCGCUCGUUUUCUUUACUGGAUGGAUUUUGAGAAACCCAUGAUGACCGAUUGGAUCCGAUUAAUUGGGGAGCGUUUGGAGCAAUUGCAUCCAAUUGAGGGGCAAUUGCAUCCAAUUGCGGAGAAACUGAAAUUCGAUUGGAUUGAGGGGCUAUUGCAUUUAAUUGAGGAGAAACUGAAAUUCGAUUGGAUCCAUUGGAGCAUACUGGAUCGAUUGGAGAAACAGACGGACGCGUGGAGGUUGCAUCUGUCUUCAUCGUGUUGACGACGAGAAAAAACAACAAAGAAAAUGGGUGGCA